GAGAUCGUUCGCCAAGAAACCUUGGGCUUCCUCUCAUUCCUCUCUCGGAAGCAGCAAGUGUGGCCACUGAAGCAAAAGCAAGGGGCAGAGAGAGAGGUCAACCUCGUAGCAGUACUAGUACAUAAACCCUGCAGGCAGGGUCACAUUCUGCCGCUGCGUCCCCGCGAGCUUACAAUAGGGACCCAACCGGUCUUGGCAGCCGCGCUCGUCUGCCGGCCAGCAUGGACGCCGCCGCGAGGGAAGCGCAGGGUGGUCUGGAAUGGCGGGUGACGGUGCCGGAGGGCGCGUCGGUGGCGGUGGAGCACGAGGCCGGCGCGGCCGCGCGGGCGUGGGCGUGGGCGCUCGCCCGCGUGGCCGCGGCGUGGAGCGCGGUGGCGGGGUUCGCCGGGAAGGUGUGGCGGAUCGGGGCGGACGAUCCCCGGAGGGCGGUGCACGGGCUCAAAGUCGGCCUCGCGCUCGCGCUGGUCUCCGUGUUCUACUACACCAGGCCCCUGUACGACGGCGUCGGCGGGGCCGCCAUGUGGGCCAUCAUGACGGUCGUCGUCGUCUUCGAGUACACUGUUGGUGGCAGCGUGUACAAGUGUUUCAACAGAGCCGUGGCGACGGCGAGCGCCGGUGUCCUCGCGCUCGGCGUGCACUGGGUGGCGGGCAAAACCGGCGAGUUCGAGCCGUACAUCCUCACUGGCUCCCUCUUUCUGCUGGCUGCGGCGGCCACCUUCUCGCGGUUCAUCCCGACGGUGAAGGCGCGGUUCGACUACGGCGUCACCAUCUUCAUCCUGACGUACAGCCUGGUGGCCGUGUCGGGGUACCGCGUCGACGAGCUGGCGGCGCUGGCGCAGCAGCGGCUCUCCACCAUCGCCAUCGGCAUCUUCAUGUGCCUCGCCGUCGCCGUGUUCGUCUGCCCCGUGUGGGCGGGGCAGGAGCUGCACCUCCUCACCACGCGCAACAUGGACAAGCUCGCGGACGCCCUGGAGGGCUGCGUCGAGGACUACUUCGCGGGAGGGCCCGCGCAGGCCAAGUCCGGCGGGUACAGGUGCGUGCUCAACUCCAAGGCGUCGGAGGACGCGCAGGCGAACCUGGCGCGGUGGGAGCCGCCGCACGGCCAGUUCGGCUUCCGCCACCCCUACGCCCAGUACGGCAAGGUGGGCGCCUCCAUGCGCGCCUGCGCCUACUGCGUGGAGGCCCUGGGCAGCUGCGCGGGCGCCGAGGCGCAGGCGCCGGAGCACGCGAAGCGGCUCCUCCGCGGCGCGUGCGCGCGGGUCGCCGCGCGGUGCGCGCGGGUGCUCCGGGAGGCGUCGCGCUCUGUCGCCACGAUGACGGCCUCCCGGGCGCUGGACUUCGCGGCGGCGGACAUGGACACGGCGCUGCACGAGCUGCAGGGCGACAUGCGGUCCCUCCCGUCCACGCUGGCCGCGGAGCUGGCGGCGGAGACGUCGCUGAUGGACACGAUGCCCGUGUUCACGGUGGCGUCGCUGCUGGUGGAGAUCUCAGCGAGGGUCGAGGGCGUCGUGGACGCCGUCGACGAGCUGGCGACCCUCGCGAGCUUCAAGCAGGUCGACGGCGACGACGAUGAUGACGGCAAGAAGGGGGAGGCCGAGAUGACGAUGAAGGUGCACCCGCUGAACGAGCCGGACACGGACGUCGAGGCGCCGUCACCGGAGAACCAGGCAGCCAAGGCAUAAGCAUCUCGAGCCUCUCGAUCCCCAAACCAGGACGACGGAAUCAUCAGACAGGACGAACUCGAUAAGAUUUACCCUGGUUACACCAAACCAUUGCAUUAGUAUGGUUAAUCCUGUAACUAAACUUCGAUUAAUUUCCGAGGAGGAGCUCAUGCGCCCACAGCUUCGCAUGGUCGCAUCCUCGGGGUUUAAGGGAAUAAGACCGGCCGGAGUAUGCAGCAGGGGCACACCAUGGUGUCGAUGUACAUAGGUUUCGAAUCAAAGCAUUGUUUGCCACGGAUUCA